CGCAACUUAAAGGCGGCCCUCACAACCUCUCUUGUUGCAUUCAUCUUCCCCAACCAAGCUAGUUCUUCUCACCCCCUUCUCAACCACCACCACCCACCACCCACCACAACAACCACCCCACAAUGCCCUACACUCUCCACGGAGCCGUAGCCUCGACCUGCACCCGCCGUGUCCUCACGUCGGCCCUCCAGAUCGGCGCCGACAUCAAGGUCGACGAGGUCGAGUUCACCAAGAUCUACACCCCCGAGUGGACCGCCCACCAGCCCUUCAACCAGAUGCCUUACCUCUCGGACGACAGCACCGGCUUCGAGACCUUCGAGUCGCGCGCCAUGGCCAAGUACAUUGCCCUCAAGGAGAAGUCGGACCUCAUCCCCUCGACCAACGACAUUGACGCCUACGCCAAGUUCGAGCAGGCCUGCUCGAUCGAGCAGUCCAACUUUGACCCCUUCGCCUCGGGCCUCGCUGCCGAGCUUGUCUUCGGCCCUGCCCGCGGCGCCCCCACCGACCAGAAGCGUGUCGAGACCCUCACCGCUACCCUCGCCAAGAAGCUCCAGGGCUACGAGCGCAUCCUCGAGAAGCAGCGCUACCUCGCCGGCGACAAGCUCACCCUUGCCGACAUCUUCCACCUUCCCUACGGCAAGAUGGCUGUUGACCUCGGCCGCGCUCCCGGUCUCGUUGACGGCUCCCUCCCCAACGUCACCCGUUGGUGGAAGGAGAUCACUGCCCUCCCCGCCUGGGAGAAGGCCAACAACUGGGCCAAGUAAGGUGCCCAGCGGUACCGGUGCCCUGUGGAGUGCUCCCUCGCAUUCUGCGGCUUAAAAAGUGGACCCUUGUGGCCUUGGAAGAACCAACAACAGUGAUGAGAGCGAAGAUGUGACAAUGUGAACCAGA